AUGAGGAUCGCUACUAAGCGUCUCCAGAAAGAGCUCUCGGAGAUCAGGAUCAAAGGAGCUCCAGAAGGCUGCGAGAUCAUCAAGGCGGAAGACUUGCAAGAGUGGCAGUUCUCCAUACAAGUGCUUGGCAACAGCCUCUACCAGGAUCAGAAGUUCGGCCUCCGCUUUCGCUUCUCCGACACAUACCCAAUGGAGAGUCCCGAAGUGGUCUUCAUGACGACAGACGGCUUCCAGGCCCCUGUGCACCCGCACGUCUACAGCAACGGCCACAUUUGUGCUUCCAUCCUCGGCAACGAAUGGUCGCCCGUCCUCACAAUCAGCUCGGUGCUGCUCACUCUUCAGAGCAUGCUGGCAAGCUGCAAGCAGCUUCAGAGGCCGCCGGACAACGACUCUUACGUCAAACGCGCGCCGCUCUCCCCCAAAGACAGCCGAUUUGUCUAUGACGACGAUACAGUUUGA